AUGCCAUCAUCCUCAAAAACGAAGCUCGAUCGAAAGCUGAAUACCUACACACCACUUGAACCGACAGACAAAACCAAGAACUUCCUCCGUGACUUCUUUACAAGCCUUCCUCCUGACGGAAAACAAAAUCUGGCGGGGGACGUUUUAGGGUGUGCAGACGAUGAGAAGCUUCGACAACUAGUCCAAAGCAUCCGAGAUGGUCUAUUGAUCCCCAUGAAAGCAAAGGGCGGCAAAGCACCUACCGAAAUCACUCCGUCUUCGCGUUCUGGUGUUGAAGAUUCAAUCAAGAAUCUUAAGAGCCAAAACAUCGAGCCAAUCAGCAGAAGCUGUCAGUCCCAACUCCGGCACCGCUGCUUAGAAAGAGAUGGAAACAAAUGUCUUGCAACAGGGCAGUACAGUCACAAUCACGCCCAUCCACAGAACGCAAUCACGACCCAUCUUGAAGCGGCCCACAUCAUUCCAUUUGCACUUGGAUCCUUUCAGGCCAAUGACGGCGAGGCAGUGGAUAGAAAUGCAAAGAUUUGGGUCAACCUAAGGCGCUACUUUCCAGUUCUCCGCAAUAUGUCCUUUACCUCAGAACGGAUCAACUCGGAAAAGAACGUCCUAAUGCUAGACUCCCAACUCCACACGGAAUUCGGUCAAUUCAGACUCAUUUUCGAAGCCACCGGAGUUGCUCACCAGUAUCGGAUCAAGACCUUUCCAGAUACUGCCACAGGGCCGAUACGAAAUUUACCUAAAAAUCGGCAUGUCAAGUUCAAAGUUCACAAAGGAAGUUGGGAACUUCCAGAUCCCAAACUUCUCGGAAUCCACGCUUGUAUUGGAAACUUCCUAGAUAUGAGCGGCCAGGCGGAGAUAAUCGAUAAGGUCCUAAAAGAUUUUGAAGACUGUGGUGGGCUUGCCCCAAGUGGAAGCACCGAUAUCGAAGACCUUCUUGUAGUGAGCGGCCUCUCACUACUGCCCUCGAAUACCAACGAAACACCCGAUUCCCAGAAGUCUCUAGAGAAGCAACGUCCUCUAGAAAAGCAAAAUAUAGUGAGCGGCCUCUCACUAUUACCCUCAAAUGUCGACAAAACAUCCGACCCAAAAGAAGCAAUGUCCUACAGAGAAGCAAGGACGACUACGGGCGAAAUCCCUUAA